AUGAAUGCUCAGAUGGGCACGGAUAGAAAUGAAUAUGAGGAGGUGAUGGGCCGUUUUCGAUAUGGAAGACGAAAUGUUGAGGGUGAAGAAAUUCUAAAUCUAUGCAUAAAGAAUCGUCUUUUAGUGAAGAAUACAUUCUUCGAGAAACAUGAUAGCCAUGAGAUUACUAGACAUGGCUGGGAUGGAAAAUCUAGGACAGUUACAGACUAUAUACUAACAGACAAACUAAUUGGAGGAAAAGUAAAAGACUCUAAAGUCAUACAAAGUGAGUACUUGGACAGUAACCACAGGUUACUAGUAGCUGACCUAAAUUGUAAGAUAAAAAGUUUGAAUGCUGUACAAAGAAUACCAAAAACUGAGGAGUGGAAGAUGAAAGAAGAAGAAAAUAAGAAAAGUUUCCAAAAUCUAGUAGCACAAAAAUUGCCAAAAACUGAAAGGGACAGUGAGGAGGAAGAGUGGAGCCUAUUUAAAACAUCAAUAGUUAACAGUGCUUUGCAGAUAUGUGGCAAAACAAAGAGUAAAAUGAGAGACAAAGAAACCAGUUGGUGGGACAGUAGAGUAAAAGACGCAAAUAAAUAUCGUAAUAUGGCAAGGAAAAACAUGGAGUUUGAAAAAAGAAAUCACAACCAGGUGCUGGUGCCAAAAGAUGAACACAAGGUGAAAACACUGGAGAAGGAUUACCAAUGA